UGACUAAAACAAAUCUGUUUACAUGCACGUCUAAGGGUAUUGCUAACAUGUAGGCAAAAACUCAAAUAGGUGUCUCGGAUUUUCUAAACAGCUAUCUCGUAUCUGACUGGAAGGGAUCAUCAGAAUUUACGAACAAAUCAGAUGUUCCACCAAGCAGUAAUUAUGGACCAUUGCUUUUCACAUUAUUUUUUAACGAUGUCUCAUGCGAUUGGGAAAUGAUUGCAAAUUGAUUAAUGCAGAUAAUUUCAAAUUAUAUGGCGUAGUUAGUUCUGUAGAGGAUUGUUACAAUAUGUCAAAAAACAAACUCAUCAUUAACGUUGCAAAAUGUCAGGUGUUUACGUUUUUCCCACCCAUAUUUUUCUCAUCCAUGUGUUUCUAUCCAGUAAUUUUUACCAUUCAUAUCAUCUAAUUUAAAAUGCGAUAAGUAACCUCCGAAAAUCCAGCGUUCUAGCGAGAAUUAUUCACUGUCAAUUAAUUUUUUGAAUUUAUUUUGUUCAAAGCAGAUGGUCGCAUUCAAUCACGCGACUUAAGGUAAACUUUAAACUUAUUAUAAGAAAAUCGUGUGAUUGAAAAAGGUACUCAGCUAUUAUAGUGUGCAAAAAAAAUUAAUUCAAGCGGGUAUUGUUGUCGAUAAAAAACGUUUGAAUUGUCGAUAAAAAACGUUUGAACUUCUUAAUCAAAAAAUCGGCGUGUCUCACUGAGUUUAAUACAUUUUGCUCACAAUAAGCAGCUUCCUUAGCUGACCAUGGGAGAAGAUUGCGUUUUGUAUACUACAGAGCGAAAUAAAAGUACGUAUAUAGCCGAGUAGUAUUUACCAAAGGCUAACCAGUUUGUGUGUAUCGCAUGUCAUUUGAAUAGGAUAUGAACUACUUCAAAGCCCUUACUUGCCGUUAGCAAAUAAAGCAAUCACUACCGCGAUAUGCCAUAUUGUCUCACUUGCACGGAAGGUUCGCGGAGAGUGGGACAGUUUUGCUGGAAGCGGUAGUACAGGAAGUACACAAUCAUCUUUCAUGACAAAUGUUCCGCUUUGCGCUAUCUAACCUGAUCAACCGAACGUAGAACCUGUACGAAAGGCGCCAACAGAGGCACCCCACGUGUCAUUUGCUAGUGCACACAAGCACAAGUGUUCAUUUCGACUGUUGCAUAUUGAGUUCGACAGCCUACGCGUCAUGUUACCAUGGAAAGGACCACAACAAAAAUUCAUAGCAACCGGCAUUCAUUUUGCACCAAAACUUACCGUGUCAUGCAAGGACGUCGGAGGGAAGAGAAAAGUUGUCUAUUAUCGAGAUCAUAGAAGCAUAUCACCGGUUGUUUGCAUUUUGGGGUCAAGGUGAAUGAUGAGUUUAGAUAAGGAAAGUCUUGAUCAGUGUGAUUCGGUGACCAAUUUGUUGAUUCCGGAUUCUAGCUCUUAUUCUGGUAGUAGUCAUAGUUGGGAUAAAACGGACUUCAACUCGUUCCGACCUAGAAAGCCAACCACGAGGGAUGAAGACAAUCUGAGUUCAAUAUCCGGUUCGUCAUCAUCUUCACGAGGAAUUCGGGAAAGCAGUGGCGGGUUCCAAGUGGAUUUAUUAAGCUCGGAACCGGAGGAUUUCGAUGACAGUGAUCAUCUGUUUCAUAUGGAUAUUAUUAAAAAUAGUAUGAGUGAUAUAUCUCUGCCAACAUCUAGAAAAGUAGUUCUUGGAAAACCGAAAGGUACUCAGAACAUGUCGUUUUCACGCGAACGUGUGCGUGAAAUAGAACGUCACAAUCAAUUAUUGCUACAGAAAAUUAUGACCACCAAGCCCACGUUGAAGAUCUCGCCGAAGAAUAAUGAUAUGGCAAUCAGUUCGCCAGUCACCAACAACUCUCGAAUUACGAGUGCUGCUGUCAAUAGGAAGAAAAAACAGCGCCAAAUCGACCUUGACAAUCAGCUACUUAUGAAGAAACUGGAAAAAAUUGAACGAUCUCGACGCAGUAUGUGGUGAGACGCUAUCUAGCAUUCAGCCUGAACAAAGCAUAGAGUAUAUUUUCAAGUAAUUUUAUUAAGACUGUCACGUUUCGCUGUUUUUCUGAAUGGUUUCAAGACGGUGAUGCGUUUUGCUAACAAUCAAAAUUAUACAAAUUUAUACGAAAAUAAAAAUGUUCCCUAAACUUUUUUGCUAAAUUGAAAUGUUACCCAUUGAUAUUUCUGAGCUUAACUGUGCGGAACUGAAGUAGAUCACCCGUACUUGCACUUCGUGAUUGAUGGCCGAGUGAGUGAAAAUGCGCAAUGAACGAAAAAAUGAAGCUUGGGAGUAGCUUAUCACUUGCUGACUGCGAAUAAAAACAGCAAAACGGUCAACGAAAAUCUCGGUUGUAAAAUUUCCAAUAUGUGAAGCCCAAUUUUUCGUAUCGCAAUUCAACGUCACUUUUUUGGUAGUAAAAGCAAAUGCAGCAGCUAGAAGUUUUAACAGAUCGGCUGAAAAGUUUGUAUCGUUUCUAUGAUAGGGCGCCGCUAGAAUUAAAUCCAUACCAUUUUCAGUUAGUAACAACCUUCAAAAGAUACGUGUAUAAAUUUGACAGCUGUCUGAUUAUUAGUUUGUGAGAUAUUGCAUUUUGAGUGAAGCUACUUUUGUUAUUGUGAAAAAAAAUGGAAAAAAAGAAAUUUCGUGUGUUGAUGAGACACUACUUUUUGAUGAAAAAAAGUGCCGCCGAUACCAACAAAUGGCUAGAUGAGUGUUAUUCAAACUCUGCACCGGGCGAAGCAACAAUUCGUAAGUGGUUUGCAAAAUUUCGUACUGGUCAUAUGAGCACCGAAGACGAUGAACGCAGUGGACGUCCAAAAGAGGCUGUUACCGAUGAAAGAUAUCAAAGGAACUUGUUGGACAUAUUAUUCACGAAUAUUUGGAUAUGAGAAAGCUUUGUGCAAAAUGGGUGCCGCGUGAGCUCACAAUCGAUCAAAAACAACAACAAAUUGAUGAUUGAAAGCCAUGCUGAAAUUUAACGAAUUGGGCUUCGAAUUGCUCCCUCAUCCACCGUAUUCUCCAGAUUUGGCCCCCAGUGACUUUUUCCUGUUCUCAGACCUCAAGAGAAUGCUCGCUGGUAAAAAAUUUAGAAGCAAUGAAGAGGUAAUCGUUGAAACUGAGGCCUAUUUUGAGGCAAAGGACAAAUCGUACUACAAAAAUGGUAUCGAAAAGUUGGAAGAUCGCUAUAAUCGCUGUAUCGCCUCUGAUGGCAAUUAUGUUGAAUAAUAAAAACGAAUUUUGGCAAAACAAUGUGUGGUUCUAUUAAACGAUACGAACUUUUCAACCGAACUGUUAUAUGGUAGAUCUAUAAUAGCACUGAAUAAAGAACGAUUAACUCUUGAUAAGUCCUAAAAGAACUGAAUUCCAAAUUUGUUGGCUAUUUUGUGUUCAUAAAGCUCAAAUACAAGUACUGGCCCUUAUUACCGUUCUCACUUCCGCUUCCACUUUCAUUUCACUCACAUACCACUUCAC